GCUCUUGUAGCAUUGUACAAAAGUCAAUUAGUAGAUUAAUUUAACUAGUAUUACUUUUUGAAGUCCCAUCAUUUUAGUAUAUUUGCAUUGUCAUUGUAAUAGUGGCCCACUGAGAAAAGAUAACAAAGAAUGAAAAUAUGUGUAAACAUGCAACCUGAAAGGCCGGCAUUAUCGAAUUACGAUGAAAUCAUCAUUGACUUCCUGCGCAGUCACGGAAGACCGAGGUGGAGGAAGAAAGGAAGAGUAAAAGCAUAUUUCUCAAGCGGCAACAUUUGAAGCGUUCAGCUUCCCAGUCAACUUGCAGCCAUCGCAUCAAUGGAAAGCGUUGAACUACAGUUCAAAACAUCUUGGGGUAUAAUAGCAGGAAAAGCAUGGGGAAACCCGUCAAACUCGCCAGUUCUAGCGAUUCAUGGCUUCCACGACAACGCAGCUACGUUCGAUCAUCUCAUCCCCUCUCUUUCCACCACAUCCUUCUUCGUCUGCUUGGAUUUGCCCGGCCACGGUCGCUCCUCCCCUUACCCCGCCGGGGUGUCACUCGACUUCUUCUCAUGUCUCAGGGACGUUUGCCAAGUACUAAUCACCGACUUGAAAUGGACCAGAUGCACUCUGAUGUCUCACAGCGCUGGCGGCCAUAUUUGCCUCUUCAUUGCUGCCAUCUAUCCAGAAAUAGUUGAAAAAGUGAUACUGCUAGACAUGUUUCUGUAUUUUGUGAUCUUAAAUCAGGAAGAGAUCUGCACCAGACUACGGUAUUUGUUCGAACAAUCGUUUCAACUAGAAUCGUCCGAGUGUAGCUACGUCGAUGAAACAGAAGCUCUAAAAAAAUUCCUCACCAACCACUUUUCACCCAUCAACAAACUCUCCGCCACCAAACUUCUCUCUAGAAUGAUCACCAAAACCAACCAAGGAACAAUCAAAAUCCGCAACGAUCGCAGACGAGAUCUACUGCCGUUACCCAUCUUAACACUAGAUCUUCACCUAGCUGUUAUCAAUCAUAUUCGAGCCGAAAUUCUAGCGAUAACUUUCAAAGAGACUGAGAGGCUGCUUGAGAAAGAGCCGAGCAACUUUGAAACUACCAGGCUGCUGGAGAAUGUGUUGGGGACCAGGAUGAGAAGGAUAAGUGUAGAGGGCAAUCAUAAUGUGCAUUUGGAUUAUCCUGAGAGAAUUGCUAACCACAUAACUCGAUUCAUUCGAAAUGAGCCACUUUGUUUAUUGUGAUGAAAAAAUGAUGUUACUUGGAA